AUGGACAGAUUAAAUCAACUUGCUGGACAAUUAAACCCAUCCUCUAAACAGGCCUUACUUGAAAAGAACCCAGACGAUGUUGUUAUCGUUGCUGCUUACAGAACCGCCAUUACCAAGGGUCUUAAGGGUGGAUUCAAGGACGUUAAAUCCGAUUAUAUCUUGAGAAACUUCUUAGUGGAAUUCAUCAAGAAGACCAAUGUUGACCCAAGCUUGAUUGAAGAUGUUGCCUGUGGUAACGUUUUAAACAGAGGUGCAGGUGCCAAUGAACAUCGUGGUGCUUGUCUUUCUGCUGGUAUUCCAUACACCGCUGGUUUCAUCGCUUUGAACAGAUUAUGUUCUUCUGGUUUGAUGGCGAUUUCUGAAAUUGCCAACAAGAUUAAGUGUGGUGAAAUCGACUGUGGAUUAGCUACUGGUUCAGAAUCGAUGUCCGCCAACUGGGGUCCACAAGCACUUUCUCAGUCUGAUCCAAACUUAGCUGAUGAUCCAGAAAUGGAAAAGUGUAUGAUUCCUAUGGGUAUCACUAAUGAAAAUGUUGCUACCAAAUUCAACAUUCCAAGAGAUGUCCAAGAUGAAUUCGCUGCGAAGUCUUAUGCUAAGGCAAGUGCAGCCGUCAAACGUGGUGCCUUCAAGGAUGAAAUUUUGCCAAUUCAAACCGCUUUUAUUGAAGGAGAAGAUGACGACGACAAUGUCACAUACAAGAACGCUAUUAUUGACACCGACGAAUGCCCAAGAGAAGGUGUUACUGCCGCUUCAUUAUCUAAGAUUAGACCUGCUUUCAAGUCAGAUGGUUCUACCCACGCCGGUAACUCUUCCCAAGUUUCAGAUGGUGCGUCCGGUGUCUUAUUAAUGAGAAGAUCUCUUGCUGAACAAAAGGGUUACCCAAUUGAAGGGAAGUUCGUUUUAUGUUCUACUGUUGGUGUUCCACCAGAAAUCAUGGGUAUUGGCCCAGCUGUUGCCAUCCCACAAGUCUUAAAGAAGACUGGUUUAACUAUUAGUGACAUCGAUGUAUUCGAAAUUAACGAAGCUUUCGCUGCUCAAUGUUUAUACUCUGCUCAAGUCUGUAAGGUUCCAGAAGAAAAAUUAAACAUAAACGGUGGUGGAAUUUCUCUUGGUCAUCCAUUAGGUGGUACAGGUACCAGACAAUACGCCACUAUUUUAAGAUUAUUAAAGAAGGGUGAAAUCGGUCUUACAUCUAUGUGUAUUGGUUCCGGUAUGGGUGCUGCUUCUAUUCUUGUUAGAGAAUAA